CGGGCGAAGCCCCUGCGCAAAGGACACUUAAUGAAAUUGCGUCUAAAACACGAAACCACGCGUAUAAAUACUGCAUUUAAAGAUUCAUACUAAGGAUUAUAAGAGAGGGGGACGCCGAGGACUGUGCGAUUUGCGCGUUGGGGACCCUUUCCGUUCGCCUGAUAUUCUCGUGUGAAGGAGACACGGUCAUUCAUCAGCCAAGAUGGGUAACCGUGGGAUGGAGGAUCUUAUUCCUCUGGUGAAUAAAAUGCAAGAUGCAUUCUCUGCCAUCGGACAGAAUGCCAACCUGGAUCUCCCUCAAAUCGCUGUGGUCGGGGGACAGAGCGCAGGAAAGAGCUCUGUGUUGGAGAACUUCGUGGGCAAGGACUUCCUGCCCCGUGGUUCUGGCAUUGUCACUCGUCGCCCCCUGGUGUUGCAGCUGAUUAACUGCCCUACAUAUGCGGAGUUCCUGCACUGCAAAGGCAAGAAGUUCAUAGACUUCGAUGAGGUGCGCCAGGAGAUCGAGGCAGAGACAGACCGUGUCACUGGAGCCAACAAGGGCAUCUCGCCCGUGCCCAUCAACCUGAGGGUCUACUCCCCACAUGUGCUGAACCUGACCUUGGUGGAUCUGCCGGGUAUGACCAAGGUUCCCGUGGGCGACCAGCCUGCCGACAUCGAGCAGCAGAUCAGGGACAUGCUGUAUCAGUUCGUCACCAAGGACAACUGCCUGCUGCUGGCCGUGUCCCCCGCCAACUCUGAUCUGGCCAACUCUGACGCACUCAAGAUCGCCAAGGAGGUCGAUCCACAGGGUCUCCGGACCAUUGGUGUGAUCACUAAACUGGAUCUGAUGGACGAGGGCACUGACGCCCGGGACAUUCUGGAGAACAAGCUCCUCCCACUGCGCAGAGGCUACAUUGGCGUGGUGAACCGCAGUCAGAAGGAUAUUGAUGGCAAGAAGGACAUCACGGCAGCCAUGGCGGCGGAGAGGAAGUUCUUCCUGACCCACGCCUCAUACCGCCACCUGGCCGAACGCAUGGGCACCCCAUACUUGCAGAAGACACUCAACCAGCAAUUGACCAAUCACAUCCGCGACACGUUGCCAGCGUUGCGGAACAAGCUGCAGAGCCAGCUGCUGUCCAUCGAGAAGGAGGUGGAGGAGUACAAGAACUACAGACCGGACGACCCCUCACGCAAGACCAAAGCCCUGCUGCAGAUGGUGCAGCAGUUUGCAGUGGACUUUGAGAAGUGCAUCGAGGGUUCUGGCGACCAGAUUGACACCUACGAGUUGUCAGGAGGAGCGCGCAUCAACCGCAUCUUCCACGAGCGCUUCCCCUUCGAGCUCGUCAAGAUGGAGUCCAAUGAGAAAGAGCUGCGUAAGGAGAUCAGCUAUGCCAUUAAGAACAUCCACGGCAUCAGGACAGGCCUCUUCACGCCAGACAUGGCCUUCGAGACCAUCGUGAAGCGGCAGAUCGCCAAGAUCAAGGAGCCCUGCCAGAAGUGUGUGGACCUGGUCAUCACCGAGCUCGUCAACACCGUCAGAAACUGCACUAAGAAGCUGGAGGCCUACCCCAUGCUGAGGGAGGAGAUGGAGAGGAUUGUCACCCAGCACAUCAGAGACCGCGAGAGCCGCUCCAAAGACCAGGUGAUGCUUCUGAUUGACAUUGAGCUGGCCUACAUGAACACCAACCAUGACGACUUCAUUGGAUUCGCCAAUGCCCAGCAGAGGAGUAGUCAAGCGAGCAAGAAGAAAGCAGCUGGCAAUCAGCAGGAUGAGAUAAUGGUGAUCAGGAAGGGCUGGUUGACCAUCAACAACAUCGGCAUCAUGAAGGGCGGAGCUAAGGAGUACUGGUUUACCCUGACCGCAGAGACCCUCUCCUGGUACAAGGAUGACGAGGAGAAAGAGAAGAAGUACAUGAUGCCCGUGGACAACCUGAAGCUGCGCGACAUUGAGAAGAGCUUCAUGUCCAGCAAGCACAUCAUUGCCCUCUUCAACACCGAGCACAGGAACGUGUAUAAGGAUUACCGGCAGCUGGAGCUGGCGUGUGAGAGUCAGGAUGAGCUGGACAGCUGGAAGGCUUCCUUCCUACGCGCAGGAGUCUACCCAGAUCGCUCCGUGAGUGAGUCUGUAGACGAGGGCAGCUCGGACAACUUCAUGCACUCCAUGGACCCCCAGCUGGAGCGGCAGGUGGAGACCAUCCGCAGCCUGGUGGACUCCUACAUGUCCAUCGUCAACCGCACCGUGCGGGACCUCAUCCCCAAGACCAUCAUGCACCUCAUGAUCAACAAUACCAAGGAGUUCAUCCAUGCGGAGCUGCUGGCCCAGCUGUACUCGUGCGGGGACCAGAACACCCUGAUGGAGGAGUCCCAGGAGCAGGCCCAGCACCGCGACGAGAUGCUGCGCAUGUACCACGCCCUGAAGGAGGCGCUCAACAUCAUCGGGGACAUCAGCACCACCACCAUCACCACCGCCAUGCCCCCGCCCGUGGACACCUCCUGGCUCCAGGUGCAGGGACAACGCUCGGGAGGCAGGUCUCCCAUGUCCAGCCCAACCCCCCAGCGCCGGGCCCCCCCUGGCCCCCCUCGCCCGGGCGGACGCAGUGCCCCUCCGGCCCCCGCUGCCCUUGGGGCACCCCCUGUGCCAUCGCGCCCCGGAGCUUCGCCUGAUCCCACCGCAGCCCCAAUGGUGCCCUCUCGCCCCAACCGCGCACCACCAGGUGUGCCCAGCCGGCCUAACAAAGGGAGCCCUUCACACGGAGAGAGCCCUCAGUCCUCCUUCGACUAAUAAACACACACACACACCACCUCCUCUUCUCCUCUCUUCAUCCAAUCACUUAUUCUUUCCCCCAUCAGUCACACAAUCAAAUCCUUCCCUCCCCUCCUCCUCUAUUUUCACUGUGACCAUGUCAUCUGUUCUCUGCACAUUUCUAUUUGGAGCUAGUUUGGCUCCCCUCCUCUUGGCUCUCUCAUCCCCUCACGUCACUCCUUCUUCCAUCUUUUCUCUUACCUUUUGUUUGUCCUUCUAUUUGUUUCCUUUUUUGACAUUCUUCAUUUCUUCAUCUCCCCUUUGCUGCAGCUUUUCUCUUUUGGAAUGUGAAUUGUUGUGGACAUU